GUCAAAUAUUUUCUUAUUUCGGCAGGACUCGUAGGAUAUAAGGUUGGUACAGAUCCGAUUGAGUUUGAUGUGUUGCGCUUAUUGGCAUCAAAAGGUACAUGCAUACACUAUUAGUACAGAUACACUAUGGAGAAUACGAGAACAAUGUCAAGACUACUAACCUGUUCGGCAUAUAAAGCAAGGAUAUCCUCCAAAAAAAUAGAUAUAUGUCUUCAUCCUAUCCGAAUCAGCCCCCGACCAACCCAGCAACCGCAUCCGGAACGAGAACCAGGACCUGGAAUAUCAGCACCAAUACUCUCCUCGGUUCUGUCUUAACUCUCGCCAUCGCAAUCCUUAUUGCCUCCACAUUCGGUGAAGGGAACAUCGCCAAUCUGUUCGGAUUCAAGAGGCUCCUCUCCCGUUCCCUUGCGAGUGGAUCGGGUAUCACCACCGUUGCUAUUAGUUCAUCGCUGUUUUCUUCAGCUCCCACUUCCGGAAAGCCAGCUUCGGGGCUGAGAUUUGAGUCGACAAUGAGGACUCCGGUUUAUUUCCUUAGUCAUGGUGGGCCAAAUGUCAUGUACGAGCACGAGCAUCCCGCGUACAGCAAACUAGGCCAGAUCGGCCGCGAGAUCACUAGCAAGGUGAAGCCGAGUGCUGUGGUGGUGUUCUCUGCUCAUUGGCAGGGAGGGAAAGAUACGGUUCUCGUGAACACGGCAGAGAUUACGGACUUGAUAUAUGACUUCUACGGCUUCCCGGAUUACUAUUAUAAAGAGAAAUAUCCCAAUGUCGGGAACAAGGAAGUUGCGAACAAAGUCCUGCAUGCGCUCAAGGAAGCAAAUAUCAAAGCUGAGGGUGUGAAGAGAGGUCUGGAUCACGGUGUAUGGGCCAGUUUCAAGUGUGCAUUCGAACCCGACACAAAUCCCCUAAACGUUCCCAUUGUCCAAGUCUCCCUCUUCAAUACAGAAGACCCCAUCCAACAUUACCGUCUGGGCCAAGCCAUCUCCAAACUCCGCGAUGAGAAUAUCCUCAUCAUCGUCUCCGGAAUGGCAGUGCAUAAUCUCCGGGAUAUGUGGUUUACAAUGGGUGAUUCCAAGCCCCUGCCAUAUACGGCCAGUUUCGACGAGGCGCUGAAGGAUGCCGUCACCGCCGCGCCGGAAGAGAGGGAGAAGAAAAUGGUGGAUUUGAUGAAGAGACAGGAUGCGCGGCAGGCGCAUCCGUAUUUCGAUCAUUUGCUCCCCAUUUAUAUUGGGGCGGGAGCCGCGGGAAGCGAUCUUGGGAAGAGGCUGUGGACUUUCAAGGAAGGGAGCAUGAGUUGGGCGCAGUUUAGGUUUGGGGAGGUUGGAAAUAGUAGUGGACCUGUACUAUAAGUUCUUUUCAACCUAGAACUAGACAUAAGAAAAGAAACUCGAACGAAGAAUGAAUGGCAUCUUUUUCG